AUGCCUCCUAAGAACCAGAUUCUAAAAACGAAGAGAGAGGGCAAGGCCAAGGGCCCAGGUCUAAGACUGACUGCCGAAGUAGACCACAUCAAUGUCCUGUUCAUGAACAAAUUCGGGUUCGGGAUUAUCGAGAAAGAACAAGAGUUGGUUCGCGCUUACAUGACUGGCAUCGACGGCCCCGAGGCGAACAAAGCGAUCCUGCAGACGAUCUACCUCAUCUACGCUCGAGACCGCCACUUCAAGACCCGCGAUGACCCCUACGAGGAACGAACCAUCCGGGAAUGCUCGAAGCUUCAUCUGCUCUUGAUCAAAGCGCUGAAAGAGACGUGCAGGAAGCUGAACGUCCUCCGCGCCGAUGGUCGGCUUCCCUCGGAGAUUGACAGAGCGGUGGCUGGACUGCCCAAUACGAUUUGGUUUAGCACAUUGGAGGACGCUAAUAAACACAUCGCUUCCCUCAAUGCUGAGAUGGCAACCGUCGAUUUCGUCCGCAAACCGACCGACCCGGUAUCAGAAUGGUUCAGUUCCGAGGCGUACGCCGCAGCGGCAAGUAUGGCGAAAAAAGGCCAUAUCGACUUUGAAACAAAGCUAUUUAGGAACUUUGGGGACUUGAAUACCUUGCCUGGGCAGCCUCGAGAGAGGAUGGGUCGGGCACCUGCGCUGGUAAUCGGGUCUGAGUCUGCUGUCGUUGGAUCUGAUGCGGAGGUUCAUAGUGGACCGACGGGCGGAGGAGAAAACGAUGCAAGGCAUGGGAAAGAGUACAAAGUCGAUCAGGAGACGAUUUGAGCAUUGGACUAUACGGCUUUGAUGUCGGGUCAAGCGUCCUAUCCGGACUGAGAUGGAACUGGAGGAUUGGUGCUAGAUCCUUUGCGCGGCGGUACUACGGACACAGGUUCAGCGAUAUAGAUCGAUUUUCACUCAGCUCUUGCUAGUGGAAUAGAAGGAAUUUGAGCCAUUACUGAUAGCCUAUGUUCC